AUGAUGUCCAGCACAAAUAUCCUAACCAGUCUUUUCCUGCUACCGUCUCUUGCUCAGAUCGCCUUCGCAGCAGUCACCAAGAGAGCUACAGCUUGCAACAACUCUCCGGACUUGUGCAGUAAGACAUACAACAAUGUGACUUACCUUGGUGCUCACAACUCGCCCUUCCUACGCGAUACAUCCACCGGCAACUCGGCGAGUGGAAACCAGUUUUACAACUCCACUGUUCAGCUCAGUGCUGGUGUCAGACUGCUGACUGGCCAAGUCCACAACAACAAUGGCUCAUUGCACAUGUGCCAUUCCAGCUGUGCCCUUCUCGAUGCCGGACUGUUGAGCGACUGGCUCUCCGAGAUCAAGACGUGGAUGGAUGGAAACCCGAACGAGGUGGUGACUGUCCUACUCGUCAACUCAGACGACUCAUCUGCCUCGGACCUGGCAAGCGCGUACACCACUGCCGGAAUAACAUCUUACGCCUACACUCCCACAUCGACCAACGCUACAGGCGAUUGGCCUACCCUACAAACUCUCAUCACCGACGGAAAACGUCUGAUCAACUUUGUCGCUAGUCUCGAUGACAAUUCUGCUGCGCCUUAUCUCAUGGAUGAGUUCACGUACAUCUUUGAGAACAACUACGACAACACAUCUCCAUCCAACUUUUCCUGUGCAGCCAAUCGUCCCUCCACUGUUACCACAAGCUCUGCACUGCAACAAAACAUGAUGCCACUCAUGAACCACUUCCUUUACGAAACUACAAGCCUUUUUGGAACCACCAUCGAGUCUCCCGACCUUGGAAACAUCAGCACCACAAACUCGGCAUCGGGUGGCACCGGUGCUUUGGGGACUUCUGCAACAGAGUGUACCAAUACUUAUGGGCAAGCUCCAACAUAUCUUCUGGUGGACUUUUUCAAUGUUGGCCCAGCCAUCGAGACAGCGGACAGGUUGAACGGUGUCACCAGUCCCGUCGGCAGGACAAACGUGAGCACUGCCGCUUCGGCCCCAGCCAGUUCUGGCUCUACUCGCAGCGGAGUCUCGAAUUUCUCCUUGAUCACAGCAUUGAUUGUCGCCUUCGUUUUGAUUGCCUAG